AUGCUACUCAAAUCCGCCUCUACCGCCAUCGCCGCAACCACUGCCAUAACCACCGCCUCCUCUCCUCUCUUCUCCCUUUCCAAACCCUCUCUUUCUCUCUCCAAACUCCCCUUUUACAAACCUCAAAACUACCCUAAUACCUCCAAAAAGUCCUCCACUUUCUUCUCCUCCCCAAGGAUGAGCUGGCUCAACAAGCUCGGAUUCAGUACCCGCACCCCAACCGACUCCCCGGUGGACUCUGUAGCUUCCAUAGCACAGGGUCCCGACGACGAUGUACCUACCCCGGGACAAGAGUUCGCGCAAUUCGGGGCGGGUUGUUUCUGGGGAGUGGAAUUGGCUUAUCAGAGAGUCCCAGGUGUUACCAAGACUGAAGUGGGUUACACGCAGGGCUAUUUACAUAAUCCCACUUACGAGGAUGUGUGUUCGGGUACUUCGAACCAUUCGGAGGUGGUUCGGGUUCAGUAUGACCCGAAAGAGUGUAGCUAUGAUACUCUGCUCGAUCUUUUCUGGGCUAGACAUGACCCCACCACCCUCAAUCGCCAGGGAAACGAUGUGGGAACUCAAUACAGAUCUGGCAUUUACUUCUACACUCCUGAUCAAGAGAAGGCAGCUUUAGAAUCCCGGGAUAGACACCAAAAGCUCUUGAACAUGAAGAUUGUUACCGAGAUUCUGCCCGCCAAGAAAUUUUACAGAGCUGAGGAGUACCAUCAGCAGCACCUGGCCAAGGGAGGGCGUUUUGGUUUCAGGCAAUCAGCCGAAAAAGGUUGUAAUGAUCCCAUAAGGUGCUACGGCUAA